AUCAGGAACAGGCCUCCGAAAUAAUUAUGAAAAUACAUUAAUGGAUUAAUAUUGUGUGGCUGUAGAGAAACAAAUCAUACAGUUGUAAAAGCUGAUCAAGGACUAAAUGACCUUUGAGACUUUGCUACCAAACCUCCAACUCUAAUAUCUUGAUAAAGGUUAAACGUGAGUGAAGAUCGCAAACGCAACUGAAAAUAACAAAACAAGGCAUGUUGUCCUUCAUUUCCCGGUUUGUGCCAAGUGUUCCUUCUUGUCUAACACUAAGUGCUCUUCCUCUACAUAGCGUUUUACAAGGGCUUGUGGGUGCUUGUGGAAUCUGGGUUCUUCGUAACCUUUUAAAAACUUACUUGUAUGUUGAGGCACAGAGUAUCACAGAUCAUGAAACAGACAUUAAACGAAGGAACAGACUAAAUGGCGGACUAAAAGAGAAAAUCCAGUUCUGGAUCCUAACUGUGGUUCUUUCUGUUGUGGGCUCUCGUGUUGCAUCACUAAUAGUUUUAGAGUUCUCCCUUAGAGCCAUUUCAGCACGGAUCACAGGAGGAUCAGACUCAAUAAUGGACCCAUUGUUACUGCUGAUUAUCCAGUGCCAGUUCUCCUUGGGCUGCGCACUAACCUGCAGCCUAAAUUUCCUCCAUGAGGGGGCACCGCAAGGCUGGCUAAGCCUUCUCCUUGCAGUUGGACUGAGCUGGUUCUUGGCAAACAGGUGCAGCAGAGUAUGGCGACAUGUUAAUACAAUGUACCCAAUACACAGUUCACAGCGCUAUUGUGGACUUUGUAUUGGACUAUUAACCACUGGCACUUCUAUAUUAGCCUGGCUCUGCGUUGCCCUAAUUAUAACUUUUAGUGUAUCUGGAAUUGCUGCCAUAUCAAACAUAAACCAGCACUUUCUAUCAACCACUGAAGCUCUGAAAUUUUGGACCCCACUCACAAUCUGCUACACUCUUCUGGUUGUGAGCAUGAAUGAGGAUCGACAUCAACCGCCCGGCCAACAGAUUCUCAAUACAGUCUUUGUGCGCCUGGGUGGGCUUUUUGUGUUACUGAUUACAGUGGGCAGCUGGUCAGAUGUGCUCCAUGUUCUAAUCUGCUUCAUUGGUGAAGCUGUGUGCCUGUUACCGUCUCAAGACCUUUUGGAAGCCAUAUAUCAGCAUGUCACCUAUGUGUCUAAAGGCCCGUUAAAAAGCCACAGAAAACGGGAGGAACAAGGGACAUUGGAAAGGAAACUGGAAUAGGCUUGGAUGAAAACAAACUUGACUUAUGUAUAAGCCUAUUUAUAUACUGUACACACACACAUUCUCUUCAAAAUACAAUCUAGGUCGUAAACAUAAUCCCAUGAGGGUCUGUUGUUUGUCUGAAAAAUUCACAUUUUAGUAAAGAUUAUUAAUAUUUAAAGUCCAUUUAGCUUUACUCCAGUUGCAUUUUAGUACUGCCUGAAAAAUCUUAUGAAUAGCUUCCAUUAUAAUAAAUAUAACUAUUCAGUGCAAUGAAUUGCAUUCCCUCUAUACCUAAAUACUUUUUUUUAAUCAAAUAUAUAAUUAGAGAACUUAACGAGAUUAAAUUAAAUUUCAUUUCUUGCCACAAACGAUAUUUAUUCUGAUUAUCUAGCCUAUGCCUUGAAUAGGUACAGAUAGUUGUAUUUGCUAGGGUCACCCAGGCAUUAUAAUAAAGGUAACUAAUACAACAAAAACAGCUCAAAGAAGCAAUUACACUCACUAAAUAAAUGCGUGUUGUCUUGUAACAUUUUUGAGCCCUUAGAAGCCUCCAAGUGCUAAAGAGGUUAUACUAAACUUGAACCCAAAAUAGCUCCACUGGAAACAAAAUGGCCGUGGCGCUGUUAUUUCUUUUGUUGUGUUUUUUUUUCCUACACUAGGUUAUGCUCAAAAUGGCGUCAUAUUUCAAAGAACAUUCUUUCAAUAACUGGCGCCAAAAAUUAACAUCUGAACAUUCACGAACAUCGAGUGUGUGGUCUGUUUGUGACGCGGGCAUGCAAUCUGCAAGUGUUUAAUUCUCCACGGUGAGGCUGUUCCAGGGUGUUUUAAAGCGCUCCAACACACAAGCUCAAACCAUUUCUCUCAAACGCAUUCCACAUUCUGUCGCUGUUUUGUUUAUAAUCCCGUUGUUUCCUCUGUCGAAUAAACACAUUAUAAUUAUUUUUUUUUUUUUAGCAAUUUAGCAGUAAAUGUCUUCAUGUCCUUAGAAGUUUGCCACACCGUCUUGUGGUGCUUGGAAACAGGAAGAAGAAAAGAAUAUUGUUGUCCAAGUAUCCAGGGGAUUCAUUUAUUGUAUAACAUGCAACAAUAUUGUUUAGGCCUAACGUGCGCGUUUGUAUUUCCAACGUGCAACCAAUCCCAAAUCCACUGUCAAAGAAUUACAUUUUAUUAGUUCUACUCCAUAAAUAUUAAGGAUUUAGGCAGAUCCAGAAAGUCCAUGCAAUUCCAGUGAAGCCUCAAGACUGAAUCUGAAGAUUAUGUGGCUUGCUCAAGAUCCAGUUUGAGAACCAGCUCCACCUCAGUACAAGUUCCAGAAUUUUCUGCCAGUCUGAGGGUUUGUAAUUGCUCUUUGUCAAAACUCUAUGUGGGCGUGUAAAGCGCACGCGCCAUUCAUCCAUUGCAGUCCCUGUUUUGCCGCAUUCUAGCGCAUGCGUACAUCAGAUCUCACGCCUCGUGCAUAGUUGGAAAACUGUCAAAUGUUUGUUUUAAUAAGGAAAUGUUAUAUGAUUGGACAUUAUAUUUGGGUGUUUCUUCAGUACAGCAUUUGAUUGCAACAAGGUGAUUAAUCAUCGCCUUUAUUUACAUUUUGGACAGUUGAUCCUUUUAUGUAAACAGGCUGUACUCAUUAAUUAUUAAGCUUACAUUCUACGCGAUGCUUGUCUUUUCAGUAACUAAUCACGCUAAAGGCAUCGUUCUCGUUGUAGUUAAGACUGGGAGAUGUCCGACCACUAAUAUCCCACAGAUACAGAUUAAACUAUUAUUAUCAUCAUGAGAGAAUCAAGUUGAAUAAGUUAUUUCUUCUAAAUACACUACUCCACUACAGAGGACCUCGCCAUGUCUUUGGUUUUGACUUGUAGAUCGUAUAUCAAACAGACAGUCCCCACCUGGAUUUUGGGAAAACAAAUGGAUGUGCAAACGUAUACAAAGCAGCAGUAACUUACUGAAACUAAUAAUACUGUCAACACCGUCCAGCCACUGACUCGCAGAUAAAAAGUUUGCGGUAAACCACAAGUCUCAUACAUUUACAACCCACGAUAACGAUUAACUUGCAUUUUAAAGACACAUUCUACAAAUAGGCUGUCAAAUUUCAAACUAAAGCAAAUGAAACCAAGUCUGACUUUUACAUUGCAAGUGUACACAGGGCAUUUAUCCAAUAAAUGAAUGUUUGUAUAUUUCAAAGUGAUUUACAAUAAAAUAUGUCAUGUCCGAUUUUA